AUGGACGGACGCCAGCCGCCCAGCGACGACCACGCGACGCCAUCCAAUUCUAGGAACCCCAACGUCUUCGACGACGAAUAUGCCCUCGAACGCGACCAGGACCCGGAGUUUGGCAUGGGAGUAGCGGAUGGAUUUCGGCCCGGAAACGACCAUGGAGGCGGUAUUGCUGGCAACUCGACGACUGCACUUGACCACAGGGCUUCGAUACGGUCGUCAGUACGUCAUUCUAUCUCGGAAAAUUUCCCACUGGACACCAAGGGGCCUCCUCAAGUCGCUCAGCAGCGGAACAGCAUAUCAAAAGGCGGCCAUGCGGCAAGAGGAUCUUUCACCAUGGCACAGGACGGCCCCAACUCUUCGACUCCCGAGCGAAGCAAUACCUAUUCUCCUGCCCCUCGCCUGCCACAACUGUCGCACCGUGCCUCCAUUGCGUCUACAUCGUCAUUCGCAACCGAACACGCGUCGCAGAGCGGGUUUGCGGCCAACUCUGGUCCCAGCCACCCCUAUGGCAUGUACCCUCAGGGCACUGGUCUGGGCCGGUCGGCCAGCGUCACAACAACUUCCACCGCUCAAGGGACAUCACGAUCGCUCUCGCACCAUGGCCCCGCUCAUCCGUAUGCAAUGUAUCCCCAAAAUGUCUUCGACGACCCUGACGAAAUCCGGCCUGCACCCGUGCAAAAUCAAAUUCCAGUUGGCUUCCCAGGACUUGGUCAAGGCUAUCAUAGGCAAAUCGGGCCCGAUGGCGAAGAGCAGGAUAUCAUCGGCCCUGACGGUCACAUGGAGCAAUUGCCCCCUUACUCGAGAUUCCCGGAGGAGGGUCCGACCAAGGCCUCGCUUAUGGCAGUGCCGGAGGAGUUCGGUCUUGUUACUGGAACAGAGACGGCGCAUACAGCAGCACCAGCGGCCACGUCAGGAGUGGCAGCCGGGGCCGCGGUUGGUAGUCUAGCGGCAUCGCCUGUCGGGCCUCAUAGUGCUUCAAUGUCUCAGGAAGCAUUACCGUCGAGCAAUUCUAGUAUGAUGAUGCAACCGAUGGCCAAUGGACAGACAACUCCGCAGUCACAAGAACCAUUGCAGUCGCAGGAUCGAUCUGCAUCUGCAGAAGCUCCUUCGAGUACCGGCGCCCCCAACGACAAGAGUUGGAGUGAAAAAUCAUGGCAGGAAAAGAGGAAGACCAAGAUUUUGUGGGGAGUUGUCAUUGGCACUUUCAUGGCCAAGGGACACAUGGACAAGAACAAAGAUCGGGGGCCUUCCAUGGUCACGGUGGUUAGUACGGAAUCCUUGUUUGAUGCUUCGAGCAUCCAAGUGAUACCCACCGGUCUCCCUGCCUUGCCUGUGGGCAAGUAUGCGCUUCCAAUCCGCAGCCCUGACGUGUCUAGCAACGAGUGUCUCACGAGCUCGGAGCAAAACGACGCUUGGUCCUGUAACGUGGAUGGACCACCUCUUGAGAUCAAUGUUCGUUCUUAUGGGAAGGCCAACUCGUACGCCAUGUGGCUGUCGCCCCUGGACAACACCACGGGCGUCAACUACGGAAGCCAAGCACCGAACAUUGAGCCUCAAGCACUUAGCCUCGUGACUGACCUUGACAACCCCACGGAUGGACCCGCAUGGCAUUUUCAAACUUUGUAUGACAAGAUCGUUAUCCUGCGACCCGAGGAUUUCGCGGCAGGCCAGAAGCUGGUGUCGCGCGAUGCGCACAGUUCGAGUUCAGGUGACUACGGCGGUGACGACGGCAGCAGUAGUUACCCACCCUAUCCGCCAGAUGGCUUCAAUAUGCCUUCAGGGUUCAGAUCUCGUCAUCAAGUUGUCGCAGGCGACAAACCAUGGUACUGCAUCUGGAACUCAACCUUUAUCGAGACAUUCAUCUAUGUGGAGCAGAACACGUCGGCAGCCAUGUCUACAGGUGUGUCGUCCGGACUGUCUUCAGCAACUAGUUACGCGACGCCUGCACAAUCGACUAGCACAGUACCAGCCACCACAACGUAUCCUUCGCCGGUCACCAUCGUGUCUACAAAUACUGCAGCCGCUAUUACGACGUCGCCAUCGACGGCUCAGCGACGCGAUACAGACAGCGACAACAUUCAGUGGUAUCCACGCAUCGUGAAAAUUGAGGAACGUCGUACGUCUACGAAGGAACAGGCGUACUGUCAACAAAUGCAGCUUCUUGAUGACGGACGGAUGGUCCCCGUGUUACAAGACGGCCAGACGAUCGUGGUGAAGCUGUCCGAGUCAGAUCCGGACUAUAGCGACUACAAGAGCGGGAGCAGUAGUAAGAGUUCAAAGAGGGCUUUAGACAAGAGAGAUGACCCGUCGAAUGCUUGUCAUUGCCAGUGGUCGUUUAUAUAG